AUGCCAGAGGAAGAAACAUUACAACAUGAGACGGAGGCUGAGGUGGAAAUGGUAGAAGUCAUUUGUUUGUCUCAAGUAGCAAGUGGCAGCAGAGCCACACCUGUUGCUUCACCAGCACCUAAUGAACAACAGGUGCAAGAAGUAACUCUGCAGUCAGCAGCACCACAAAAAACAGUGAGAGGCAGCAGAGCAGCAGCUGUCGUUACGUCACCACCCAUUUUACGAUAG